GUAGCUUUUUGGCGGUGCUCAUGCUUGCAAGCCAUGAGCAAAGCAGCCAACCCGAACAAGCCGAAAAAGCAGGAAACCGAGGCCGAUGUUGCAGCCAAGAAACAACAGGCAGACCGGGAACGAAUAAGGAGAGCCCUGAUUACCUUGGGUGAUGAAAACAAGAAAGUGGUGUCCCAAGUCAAAGCUGUGGUAGCUGCGGUCGAGGAUGACGUGGAGCUCCACGGCGAGCUGCUCUGCAACACGGUUCUGGCUUGUGUGAAGUGUUUGCCCACAAAGUUGAGUAUGUAUGCCGCUUGGUUGGCCAAGAUGGCAGAGCAGCACCCAAAGUUUGCAGCUGAUGUGGUCGCUCACGCGGUGGACGAGUUGAGAGCUGCGGUGCUGGACUGCAAGAUGGGUAGCACGCAACUUUUGCUGCGCUUCUUCGUGUUCCUGGCAAACACGAGUGUGUUAGGCGUGGCUGCGGUCCUGAACUUGCUACAUGAGGUGCUUUCUCUAUCUGAAGGCUUGAAGCCAAGCAAAGGAGGUGACUUUGGCGUAUUCAUGGCGUUGGCGCAGUUGCCCUUCCUCAGCCAGGAGGCGUAUCAGCAGGGGAAGGCGAAGGUUCACAGCCUCAUGGCAGCUGCCCAGAGAUACUUGGCGAGUCGGGGGGCACACUGGAAGCCUCUUUUGCAGCUCUGGAAGGGCGAUCGUCCGGACCGACUGGAGGAGCUUUUCGCUGCAGUGCAGCAGCAGCAGAAGGACAACUGGUCAUUGAAGGUGGUUCUUCACGUGCCGGGCUUUCGGCCAUCGGCUGACGGCAUGGCAGAGAUGCCUGCCAUUGCGCUGGGCAUCUCCCGCGAAGAGUUUCGGAAGAGCCGGAAGCUGCAGGUGCCGCUGAUGUCGUUCCAUUUGCUGACAGAUCCUUCGGAAGAAGUACCCAUGCCCACCAAAGACAGAUGGGUGCUGGAAGACUACAUCCUUCUUACUGUGGAGAUGUUUGCCAAAGACGUGGACGAGUGCAGCAAGCAGAUCCUGCGAAUCCCAGUGCUGCAUCCUCAUUUCGAGGCCAUCACUGUGGAAACCUUGUUCUCCGAAAUGUUCCGACUGCCAGCUACAGCGUUUCUGCCGCUCUUCUACUACCGGCUCUUGGAGGCGUGCGCAGCAAAGCAAGCAUCCAUGAAGCAACUCAUAGACCAGGCAUUUCAAGCACUGAUCCACAAAGUGCAAGACAUGGAUGAAGAGUGCAUGUAUGCCCUGGCAGAAGCAUUCGCUUGCCAUGUUGCCAACAACAACUUCAAGGCAGAUUGGAAGGUCUUCACUGAAAACGAGGUCAACCCCAAGGUCAAGCGCUUUGCAAGGCGAGCUUUGGAGCGGCUGCAGCGCCUGUCCGACUACCCGAACAUGCUGGUGCGCUUGCCGCAGGCCAUGCGCAUCUACGCGUCAGCCGAGCCGCUGCCUGCUAGCGGCCUGCCGGUGGUCUCCAAGCCACAGUUCGGUCGCUUGAUCAACCUGGUGCGGCUGAAGGACGCAAAUGCGGACUUGGUUGUGCAGUACUGCCAGUGGCUGAUGAAGUCUGACACCAAGGAACCGGAAGCGCCCGCCAGUUCCGCGACCGAAGCCCCGGAAGAGCCAAAGGAAGAGGCCGAGCCGGCCGCAAAACGCCAAAAGCUGGCAGAGGCUUCAAAGAAGGAGGUUUUGGAAAGAUUCGGAGAUCCACCAGCGCAGCCUUUGACGCUGCAGGAGGUGGCUGAACUGGUGAUGUCCGUGAUGUUGCAGCAGGGCCACAAGACCCCCACGCACAUGGCCAAGAUCCUGGAUGGGCACGAGCAGGUGCUUCGGCAGCUGAAGCCGGAAGAAUCGGACGCCGGCUACUGCCGGACGCUGGCGAAGUGUGUUUUUGACUUUUGGCAAGCGCACGGCCAGCGCCUUGAGACUACCAUUGACAGCCUGGUUCAGCGGAAGGUGAUCACCCCACUGGCGGCGGCUGAAGUGGCUCUAGCCCCCGGUCAGGCUGACGCGAUGCACGUGUGGAAUGUGGUGGACAACGUCGCCCGAAAAAGCCUUGAUCGAUCACAAGUUGCGCGAGCUGACUUGGCAACUGCAAAGAAGCUAGGGAAGGAGGAUGCACUGGCAAAGUGCCUGGAGCCCUGGGUCUGUCUCCUCUUUCUGGGCCUUGCUUGCCGUAUGCUUGCCGUACAAGGCCGUGCCGAGCUGGACAGCGCCGUCCAAGAGAGCGCGAGCCUCUUCACAUCCAUCUUCACGAGCCUGGUCCAGAAAUACGAGGACGCGAGCAAGGAUGCCACACUCCAGGGCAUUUUCCUCCAGCGCAUUAUCGCCAUAGGUCGCAAGCAUCUUUCUGAUAUCAAGCCGCUGGUUGACGCGGCUGAGUCCAGAAUUCCACGCGUGAAGAACCACCCAGAUGUUGCCGCUGUGUUCAAGAUGUUGAGCACACUCUGAGCACCGUGUACAGGCAGUGUCACAGCGGCCAAAGAAGUG